AUCCAUCCUGAUUUCCAUCCGUUUUCUGCAGAGUGCAAUGGCAAGCCUGAUAUUCAUUAGUAUUUUGUUGUUGUCUGCAACAGCUGCAUCUGAGAAUGAAGUCACUGGGAUUAUAGGAGAGUCUGUUCUCCUGGCCUGCGACCUGAUUUCAUCCACGGCCAUCGACACAGCAAGACUCCGGUUCUAUUGGCAAGAUAAGUCCAAUAAAGUGUUGUACUCGUUCAACAAAGGAGAAGAGAACCAACAUCAGCACGUCCUUUACACAAAAAGGAUUAAAGCCUUUGGGGCUGAGAUGAGUUCUGGGAAUAUCUCUAUCAAACUCAGCCAAGUAACACUUCAAGAUAACCAGAACACCUACUUGGCUUUCGCUACACUGUUCGGCGAGAAUGGUAUCAGCGGGUCGGAAACAAGGUGCAACGCUACCCUACUUGUGGCAGCACGGUUCCUGACACCCAGUGUGACUGUGAACGAAACAAAUAUGAAUGUCACGUGUUCAACCCAGGGGGGAUACCCAAAACCAACGGUCACAUGGACCAUCCAUGAUGUCCUGUGGGCUCAGAAGCGUACUCUGGACCCGCAUGAAGUACAGACCAACUUUACACUUGAUCCUGAAAGUGGACUGUACACCGUCUGGAGCCAAGUGAAUUCCACAGAAAAUCAGACGGUGACCUGCCAUAUCUUCAACCCCGUUCUGAAGGAGACUGUAAGCAACACAGCCGUCGUCGGUCUCAGUCAGAGCAUUCACACAGACCCUACAGGUGAUGUUCAGGAAGGCUUGUCUGCCGGCCUUAUUGGAGUCAUUAUUUCAAUAUUGAUUACGUUUAUCUUCGGGGUGAUUUAUUUUGUUUUCAAAUACUGUCAUGGAGCCAGAGGUGGUGCAACAGGAGCCAGCCGUGUUGCCACAGGAGCCAGCGGUGUUGCCACAGGAGCCAGCGGUGUUGCCACAGGAGCCAGCCGUGUUGCCACAGGAGCCAGCGGUGUUGCCACAGGAGCCAGCCGUGUUGCCACAGGAGCCAGCCGUGUUGCCACAGGAGCCAGCCGUGUUGCCACAGGAGGUGAUGAGGAGCUGAGCAUUCUAAUGGGUUCCACAACAAGCCAGCCUCAGGACAACGGUAGUGUUGAUCAAGUUGAUGGAGCCACGGUUACCAACGCUAACGGUGCUGCAGCAAACAGAGCUGAAGGUGUAACAGAACCAGUGGAUGACACGGCAGGUGGUAGCUGGUCCACUCCAGGAGAAUGAGAUACGAG